CCGAAAUGCCCAUGGAACAAAUACGAACGCCGCGUUGAAUCCCUAAUCUUGUCGAGCUGGAGCGUCUCCUACACCGCCGCCCGCCUCGACGACAUCCUCCGCCCCGGCUGGCCGUGGGUUCCGAGUCGUGGCCCUCCGCCUGCUUCGACCGUCGGAGGGGCGGCCCCAACGCCGCAAUCCUUGAGUCCUCUGCGAGGAGCGCACCGAGUCGGCAUCCAUCUCCCGCUCAGUAUAGGUUAUUAGACAGCUCCUUGCUUCUCUACUUUUCAUUGGGACACAUUACCAGAUAGAGGAGGAAAAAUUCCUUCAAAUGGUGUUGGUCGCAGCUGGUGAAGAACUUCUUAUCAUCCAUCGCACCUUUAGUUUUAAUCUCAGAAGCCUACCCAUUGUCCAAGAAAUUGGUGACUUUUUUUCUCGCAUCAUCUCCCAGCCACCCGAUCUUGUGGAACAUCAGAGGGCUUCUGUGCAAUCACCUUCUCUAGUUGAUGACCAAAGCCCUGCACUGACUAUCGAGGAACCAUACAAGAUUAGUGUUAGAGAGUGGCUCUCGAAAGACAACAAGCAUGAUGAUUAUAAGGACAAUAAUGAACCACCUGCUGUUUUCAAUGUGUUGGAUACGGUACUUGUCCAUACCAUGGAGCGAAUGAAGAAGUUAAGGGAAAGCAUUACAAUUGUUGGAAGAUGUAGUUUGUUAGAAGGCAUUGCCAACGUGGUGUGUUCUGAGGAUAGUCGCAGAGCUGAUAAUAGUGACUUUGUAUUGAUUAGGGUAUUGUGCACUGAAGGAAAAGUUUUAGCUGCUUUUCAGCUUCAUAAUGAAUUAUAUAGGAGCAGUGUUGCCCUAGAUCUGCAUACAUACAAUUUCCUCGUAAAUGGACUUUGUAAGAUAGGUAGCUUGUCUGAGGCUACUUGGCUUCUUGAAGUUAUGAACAAUAUGUGUGCAUUCCCAAAUCAUGUGACAUACAAUACUCUAGUGGAUGGUUAUUGCCGUUGGGGUAGUGUGGACAGAGCUCUAAGUCUUGUUUCUUCCAUGGCAGAAAGUGGAGUUAGACCCAAUGUAGUUACUUGUAAUAUACUUGUUCAUGCCUUUUGCAGUAGAGGCCUCCUGGAGAAUGCAAAGAAACUUCUUGCAGAUAUAUUGAAUGAGCAUGAGUCUGCAAAUUUAGUUACGUCAACAAUACUCAUGGAUGGAUUCUUCGAAAAAGGCGAUGCAGACCAGGCAAUUAACAUGUGGAAUGAAAUGUUGAAGAGAGGUAUCGAAGUUGAUCGAAUUGCAUAUAAUGUUCUAGUUAAUGGAUUUUGCUUGAUGCACAAUACAAAACUUGCUCAAAGAUAUUUUUCUGAGAUGUUCAAGAAGGGCUUUUUACCAGAUGUAGUGACUUUUAAUAGUCUUAUAAAUGGCCUAUCUAAAAAUGGGAAUAUGGAUGAGGCUUGUGAUAUGUACGAUAAGAUGUCUUUGUCUGGUCUUCUUGCUGACCAAAUCUCAUACAACCUGAUUAUUCGGGGUCUUUGCCAACAGGGUGACAUCUCAAAAGCUGUAGAGUUUUUGCAUAAGAUGUUAAGUCAUUCCAUAGUCCCUGAGCCUCGUAUUUGGAAUCUUAUCAUGAAUGGUUAUGGAAGGGUUGGUGAUACUAAUAGUGCUUAUUCAAUAAGAAAUAUGAUGACAGCAACAGGUGUUGUUCCAAAUACCUUCACAUUUAAUGCACUGAUUCAUGCUGAAGUAAAGGGAGGAAAAAUUGUGCAUGCUUUAAUGCUGAAGCAGGAGUUGCUCGAUUCUGGGCUUUUUCCUGAUGUUGUUACUUAUAAUUUGUUGAUUAGUGGUGCAUGUAGGAUUGGCCACACUUUUUUCGCUAGAGAGAUGCUCCUGGAAAUGCUAAAUAGAGGAUAUCAACCUGAUAUAAUAACUUACACAGAAUUGAUUAGAUGCCUUUGUUUAAAAGGGAAAUGGCAGCAAGCUCAAGAAAUUCUCAACAAGGUGCAGGAAUCUGGCUUGGGCAUUGAUCAUGUGCCAUUUCACAUUCUUAUUAAACUGUACUCCAAGAUGGGAAAAGUAAUGGAAGCACUUGAGCUGUAUGAGGAAAUGACUACAAAGGGUAUUUUGGGCCGCUAUUCUAUGUAUAAUUCCCUGUUUAUUGCACUUAGAAAGAAAGGAUAUCUCUUGGAAGCAAGUCAAGUAUAUAAGCAGAUGGAUAAGCUUUUGCAAUGCAGAAGAAAAGAAGAUGGUUGAAUCUUAAAAAAACACUGAUUGUGCGAGUUAUUCUCUCCAUAAGAGGGGCAUACUAUUGGCUGUUACAGCUAUGGAGAAGCAGCUCAUCUGUCUCUUGCCUUCUGAUAUGGUUAUCUGGAGCCAUCAUCUGGUCAAUGAAAUAUGUUCCCAGAAAGUUCAUCAACAGAAAUAAUCUCAGCAACAAUUUUGGUCUCCUAUGGGCCAAAAUGCUAGAUGUUCUUUCAUUUGCAAAGAUUGAUUGGCAAUUGAUAAGAAUUAAUUACAGCUGAAAAGCGACAGAAGCUAUGUGGAGCUGCUAUCUGAAGAUGCCUCUGAAUUCUGAAGCUUGGGAAACCCACAAGAGAAUGCUUUUAGAAGUUCAUUAAUCUUUGUUAAGCGGUUGAUGGUUUUGCUGGGAAUCGAAAAGCUCCGCUAUAAGACAAUAUAGAGCCUGUGUGGGAGGUAAUUCCAUGUCAACCAGAAUUACUGUUUCCAUGCUACCUCAAACAUGUCUCACCAUUCUUUGUUCACUCUUUUAAAGGUCCUCUUUGGACUUCUAUAUUCCAAUCAGCUAAUUCUUGAAA